GCUUCGAUGCGUUCAAGAGCUUGAACGUCGAGGCUUGAAUCAAGUUGGAUUGUACAGAGUUCCAGGGUAGGUUAAAUACUUGGAUUGCAUGAGAUUGAAAUAUUAAGUGAAUUGUAUCAGUCAAGUGCCUGCUCCUGGUUAGGUGUAGACUUGCUCCAAGUCUCUCUUUCAUUGUCAUAUAGUAUCGAUCCACUAUAGUGUACAUUACAUGACGUAGUACGGAGGGACGGAGCGAGAAAGAGAGACUUGUCAACUUCGGAAAAUCUCGGUUCAAAACUGAACCGAAAAUGCAAGACUUGCUUUAAUUGUUUUCUGUCAGUGUUUAUAUGUAUUGAUAUAACACAAUGUAAAUAACAUGAGUUCCAUUAUAGUAAAUAAUACAGAAAGAAAUUGAAGGAAACAAUUAAAGCAAGUCUUGCAUUUUCGGUUCAGUUUUGAACCGAGAUUUUCCGAACUUGACAAGUCUCUCUUUCUCGCUCCGCCUCUCCGUGCUACGUCAUGUAAUGUACACUAUAGUGGAUCGAUAUGACAAUGAAAGAGAGACUUGGAGCAAGUCUAGGUUAGGUCUAAAAAUGGGUCAAAUUUACGUUCAAUUCACAUUUCCAUCUACUUAAAACCCUUCAACAUUUAGUUCUAUCGAGUGAGAAAAUCCUGAUAUUUAUUUCAAAACAUACCUUCUAUAUUUCUUUUUAGGACAGAAACUCGUGUCCGUGAGUUGAAAGCAGAAUUCUUAAAAGGAAAAGGUUCCCCUGAUUUGGUAAGUAACAUAUUUUUAAAUCAAGGUCUCUUUUUGCAAGAGUUCAAUGAAGAAACAAUCUCUUAUUUGUCUUUAGACUAAAGAAAGCGAUGAAAAUGUGAUAUGUGGCACCUUAAAGUCGUUCCUUAAACAAUUAUCAGAACCACUUCUAACUUAUGCCUUGCAUAAACGGUUUUUGGAAGCUGCUGGUAAGUCCCAUGUUGUUCUAGACACUCGUGUAUAGUUAACCGUCCAGAUGGCUUUUUGAUCACUUUGAAAGGCCAGUUCAAAGGAGACCAGCAUCUUGGCCCAAAAUCAUCCAACAUUGUUCGAUCCAACAUGUUGGCCUCGUUUGAACACUAUGUUGACUGGUGUUGGAAGAUGGUUGGAUCGGGUUUGACUUCUUUAAAAUUUUCAUUCAAUAUUGUGGAACAUCGUCCAGUACAGUAAAAAGAACCAGUGGGUUAAGAACCACCAGCCUGAAAUUUGGGCAAAUAAGCACCCAAAAUACAAGAACCACUUCUGGCUGGCAAAUGAAACUGGUUGUUAAAAAACCUUAUUUAACUUUUAGCUGAAUUAGUAAGCAGGUACUACGAAGAAAACAAAAUACCGUAAUCUUGCUAGCAUGGAUUAUGUCUGUAAUCUUGCUAGCAUGAGUUUGGUUGCUAUCAUAUGACCACCUUUUGUUGUUGGAAAUCUUAGUUCUUAAACUUUUUUGCAUUAUACCUCGUGCAAUAUAUUGCUUAAUCUAUAGCCUACCGUGUUCUCAUGGUCGAAAAAUAAUUGUCACACAGUCACAGCUUUUUGUUACACAAUUAUUCAGCAAUCAAUCGAAGGUUUUCGGAAAUUAUUGGUUGGCCGGAUACUGUUUUGUCGGAUAUUACCAGAUGGCAGUCUACCAGAUAUACCGGUCAGGAAAAAAUGAUAACCGGGUACUUGGUCAAUACUUCACUAGUUUUUCCCAUAACAUUGUCUAUUGUUUAAUUAUGCGCUUAAUCUUUUUAUAUGAUACGGUAAGUAUAAAUAUCUGUGGCACAGGCGUCUGUGGGCAAUCAGAACAGAAAGCAGUUUGCAUCUCAAAAACAUGUCUGCAUGUUUUUAAUGUAUGCAGUAAUUGUUCCUGUUUCACAAUUUCUCAGUAACAAACGAAAAAGACAGAGGAAACAUUUUUUCGGUUUCAUGGUUCAAAUAAAAGUUCCAGUUAUCCAGUGUUAUGCGAUAAAUAUCUGUCCUAUGUAAUUUUACCAGAUACAGGAUACUGCCGGAUGCCCAUUUUUGCCCGAUACCAUUUCCGGCACAUCCCUAGUUAUUGUGCAAUAUAUUAUAAAAUAACAUAAAUUCAAGUGUAGAAGUAUGUAUCAGCAUGAUAAUUUCUAAUCGUCUGAUUCUUCAUUUUUAUAAAUAGAAAAAGCGGACGAUGACGAUGCGUUGAUAUUCCAAGCAGUCAGUGAACUACCUCCAGCGAACCGAGACACACUGGCCUAUCUCAUGGUUCAUUUACAAAAGUAAGUUAGGCUUAGUCUGGCUGUAAACUUUCUUUGUUGCAUCUUGAGCUAGAUUUGCACGUGCAAGAAAAUUUCGCUGUCGAAAAUUUUCGCUUGACCUUUUGCGCGCGAGGAGUUCUGGUCUUGGUAGUCAAUGGUGGGAAAACCAUCCGACAUGGCCACUGUCGUAGGCGAAUUCCCCGCGCGCAUCAUGACUGACGUAAUUAUGCAUAAGGUCUAUUUCUUUUUAAUUGUGAGCGGUCAAGUAGACAAUUCAAAAGAAAUCAAGCGAAAUAUUUUGACUAGGAAAUAUCUCUCUGUCGGUGGAAAUCUUCCCUUACUAAUCGUCUUUCUAUAUAUUCAGCUGAUACAGCAGAGUCUCGAACGUAGCACCCUCCUGUCCGUCCGUCCCCCCAUUGCCCCGUACUUGUUUGGCUGGUGCUUAAAACGCAAGGUAUACUUAAAAUUAAGGCGUUGUUACAGUAAGCAACUUGUCUCGCAAUGUUAGCAUUGCAAGGGAUGUUACACCAAGCAAUAUGUUCCAUGCAACUUGCAAUGAUCAUUACUAAAAACAGUAUAAAAACCGCGAGUGCUAAAGUUAGGCGCCAGAUUGUCAGUCAAAAGCCAACAGGAAGCCAUUCAGUGUAUAAAAAAUAAGUGCAUACUGCAAAGUACAGGUUUCCGAAAGUUUUCCAUUCAGUAACCUGAAGCUACGAGUUACAACAAUUAGGAGCACAGUUGCAAUAUACAAAUACAUACAGUCCAAUCAUGUUUCAUGCCAAUUACUUGCCAAGUCAUGUCUGACUUUACCGCGUGUAUGUGCCUUGGCCGAAAACAGUACCAUGCAGACCGUAAUAUUGGCGUACAUCCGGUAAAUGUAUAACAUGCAACACCUGGGUAUAUAAACUGAAACGUACAUGUCUUUUAUCUCGAUGAUAUAGGGUUGCACAAAGUCGUGAAUGUAAAAUGCCCGUUGGCAACAUCGCCAAAGUAUUUGCUCCAACAUUGGUCGGCUAUAGCAGUCCUCACCCUGAGCCCGUGCAGAUGUUGAGCGAAGCCAAAGUUCAACCAAAGGUAUGUAGAUAAAUCUAGUUACGGUACCAUUGUUUGCAGGGAUGGAAAAAGUAAGUGGUACGUCUGGGAGAAAGGGGAUACGCACUACCUUUAGCCUUGGUCAAUGAAGGAAAUUACAAUAUCAUUCAAACGUUUUGUGUUCCAUUCAACAAUUUGACCGGUCUGGCCGUGUUAAUGGAAACUGCCCUUAGAUUCUACAACCUGCCACCCCCUUGGUCUGCCGCCCAUCACUACCGCUCAGUAUCCUCCCUUGUAAAAUGAAGGCAGAUUACUCUUGUUAGUUUAUCUUUAGAUCACCCUUGUUAGUUUGUCGUUUCUUAUUCCAGCAUGAUUUCAUAGCACUGAACUCUUUUUAGAUUGUGGAGAAACUGUUGUCGAUGCCGGCUGAUUAUUGGAACCAAUUUCUCCAUGUCCAAGAGGAAAACAUCAGAUCUCCUCCUUAUAAUCCAAACACCCACCACUGUGACGGAACUCCAAAGACGCCGCAAGGAGUUAGCGGUAAGGAGAAUAAAACAUUGAUUGUGCUAAGUUUUUUACACAUGUGGACGUGGUUCAUUUGUUGUGUUGAAUAUUACUAUGCUGUUCCGUCAGUACGUCCUAUACAG